AUGGCCACCAAGCUGGGCCUCCGUCUGGCGCCGUCCGCCUGCGGAUUGGCAGCUCGCGCGCCCGUGAUCGCAUCCAGACGGACCUUAUCAUCACUAUCAACUGCUCGUGCACCGACCGUGCCCUUACAACGGCGCGUUGCUUUGCCACGAGCAUCCUUCCAACAAAGCUUUCGCCGCAGCUAUGCUGAUGCUCCUCAAGUCCAGCUGUCGCCAGGUCCCAAGCCAAAGAAGAGGUUCAGGUUUCUCCGGUGGCUCUGGCGCAUUACUUAUCUCUCCCUGAUUGGUGGUACUGCCUAUGUUGGAUAUCAGAUCUGGGAUAUUCGGAAUCCGAACGAACAAUUUGAGCCAGACCCAACAAAGAAGACUCUUGUUGUGCUAGGUACUGGCUGGGGCGCCGUCUCCCUCCUCAAGAAGCUCGACACCGAGAACUACAAUGUCAUCGUCGUCUCUCCUCGCAACUUCUUCCUCUUCACGCCUCUGCUGCCGUCAUGUACCGUCGGAACUAUCGAGCACCGCUCCAUCAUGGAGCCCAUCCGCAACGUCCUCCGUCACAAGAGAGCAACAGUCAAAUACUUCGAAGCUGAGUGCACCAAGAUCGACUAUGAGAAAAAGGUCAUCUAUUGCAAGGACGAUUCCGAGAUCAAAGGUGACACCAUGGACGCAGAGAUCCCCUUCGACAUGCUCGUCGUGGGUGUCGGUGCUGAAAAUGCUACAUUCGGUAUUCCCGGAGUGAAGGAGCACUCUUGCUUCCUGAAAGAAGUCGGCGAUGCUCAGAAGAUCCGUAAGCAGAUCAUGGACUGCAUCGAAACAGCUGUAUUUAAGGAUCAGUCCGAUGAGGAAAUGAAGCGUCUUCUGCACAUGGUCGUCGUUGGAGGUGGUCCUACUGGUGUCGAGUUCGCUGGCGAGCUACAGGAUUUCUUCGAGCAGGAUCUACGCAAGUGGGUCCCACAGAUCAAGGACAACUUUCACGUCACCCUGGUUGAGGCUCUGCCCAACGUCCUUCCCAUGUUCUCAAAACAGCUUAUCGACUACACCGAAUCAUCCUUCAAGGAGGAGCACAUUUCGAUCCUUACCAAGACUAUGGUCAAGAAUGUCACGGACAAGUACAUCGAAGCCGAGUCUACUCAGCCCGACGGAACAAAGAAGCUUGAGAAGAUCCCCUACGGUCUCUUGGUGUGGGCCACCGGAAACGCUCUUCGUCCCGUCGUGAAGGACCUAAUGACGCAGAUCCCAGCCCAAAAGAACGCCCGCCGUGGCCUCGAGGUCAACGAAUACCUCGUCGUCGCUGCCCAGGAAGGAGCCUUCCUCGCUCGGCUGUUCAACACAAUGGCCAAGACAGAUGCUAUCGAGGAGGAUCUGCGACUCCUCAGCCAGAAACAGUCCACUGCCAAGGCUGAUGAUCGCACUCAGAUCUUUGCAGAGAUCAACGAGCUACAGAAGCAGCUGCGGAGGACGAAGCAAGUCGGACCGUUCCAGUACUCUCACCAGGGCAGCAUGGCGUACAUUGGCGCUGAGAAAGCGGUGGCUGAUGUGAGCUGGUUCAGUGGAAACAUUGCCAGCGGCGGCACUAUGACGUAUCUGUUCUGGAAGAGCGCGUAUUUGAGCAUGUGCUUUAGCAUGCGAAAUCGCGUCCUGGUCUGCGUUGACUGGGCGAAGUCGAGAUUCUUCGGUCGUGAUGUCAGUCGCGAGUAG